AUGACGACUCGAAUCACUCCCGGCGUCGGGGCGAAUUUGCUCGGCCAGCACUCUGCCGAGAGGAAUCAGGAUGCCACCGCUUCCGUCGAUCCCCUCUUCUUCCCUUGUAUGAGUGAGGAGUUACUAUGGGAGUUGUUCGUUCAAGCUGGCCCCUGGCCGUCAGUCUAUGUGCCAAAGGAUAGGGUGACUAACCUGCACCAAGGAUAUGGAUUCGUGGAAUUCAGAAGCGAAGAAGAUGCUGACUAUUUAAUUAAGGUGUUGAACAUGAACAUGAUUAAGCUAUAUGGGAAGCCGAUUCGUGUGAAGUGA